CUCAACACGAAACAAUUUAGAAGAUGCAGACGCAGAGUUACAGAAAUCGUUGACCGCUCAGAACGAAAGUUUUACCACAAGGAUAGAUAAUUUGGACAAAACAGCAGACCAGCUAUCAUCAAGCCUGGCCACAACACAAAGCAACCUGAAAAAGCUGAAUGAUACACAGAUCAACAAUACACUGGAGAUUCAAAGUCACCUGUUGUCCAUGGAAGCACGUUUGAAUUCCACCGACGAAGAUCUAAAAUCUUCCAUUGGCAACUUACAAAACAAAGUUGAAGAACUCAAUACAAGUUUUGCAGGCAAGUUCAACAGCUUUAGCCAAUCCAUUACUGCAGUCCACGCGCAGUCUAAUGAAACAAAAGAAAGCUUCAACAGUUUCAGGAUCAACACUGAAAAUUCUAUUACAUCGGUGAAUAACGGCCUCAGUAACUUAGAGAAAACAGUGAACUCAACGAAAGACGAGUUAUCGUCAGGGAUAGCAAGUACAGACCUUAUGCUCAACAGCACCACUGAAAGACUUGAUCAAGAAGACGUCAGCAUAAUAUCACUAAUUAAAGACAUCAACGUAACAUUGUCUGUUAAGGUAGAGAAUGUUACUAAGCUUCAAGGCCCCGUCGGACCACGCGGUUUUAAUGGUUCUCAGGGACCGGUUGGACCAGCCGGACCUCAAGGGCUCAAUGGAACACAGGGUCCCCAGGGGGUGAUAGGUCCACAAGGUUUUAAUGGAUCACAAGGUUCACCGGGAUCAGAUGGACUCCAAGGAGCCCCAGGCCCCCCCGGAGCAGGAAACUUUUCGCAGUGUGAGUUCAUGACAAGCACAGAAACAGGAUCCCAGACUGCUUUCCAAAGCAACACUCUUCCAGCUUCAACGAAAGUCAUCAUAACUGAACCAAGUGUAAGUAAAUAG